AUUCCGCCCUCGCAAAAAAGAGCAUAGCUCACUGCCACCCACAGCUCGUUCUUCUUACUGUCCGAUUCUACUCUGGCAGUUAUAACUGGGGAUGAUUUAUUGGCUCAUUGCUGUGAUUAUUGUCGGCCUCACUGUUUAUAAAUUCUUCCUUUCUGCAAAGAAAGGAAAGCCGGAGAUACUAAAGAAGGACUGGAAGAAGGAUGUUGUUUAUCUGUAUCAAUUCCCCCGUGCGAAAGUGUUGCCCAACUUGUCACCGUUUUGUUUGAAAAUUGAAACUUUUCUCAAAGCCAACAAGGUCCCUUACGAGGUGUCUCCAGUCCUCAUAAGCAGAUCUCAAUAUGGCAAGCUACCAUUUGUGGAACUGAACGGUGAACAUAUAGCCGACUCUCAAGUCAUCAUUAAUCGGUUAACAAAGCAUUUCAACCUCAAGCAACUGAGCAAUCCAAGAGAUCAUGCUAUAGCCAGAGCUGUUGAACGAAUGACAGAAAUUCAUACGUUCAUGGUUCAGUACUACUUUAAAAUAGUCGAUGAUGCUAACAGUCUCGCUGAGAUUGGAUGUCGCGAUGCGAAUUUUCCGGAAUGGCUGAUACCGGUAAUUGUACCCAUAAUGGGAUUUUUCAUAAAGAGAAAAGCUUUGCAACGAAUUGUUAGCGGUGUUGGCGGAAUGUCUACUGAAAAUUACAAAGAAGUUCUGAAAAAAGACUAUGAUGUGUAUCAGGCCUUAUUAGGUAAACAGAAUUACCUAUUUGGAGACGAGAUCGCUGCGAUUGACUGUUCGGUUUUUGGCCAAUUGGCUACAGUGCUCUAUCUUCCUUAUUCUUGCUAUGCCAAAGAUCUGCUGAAAGAAGAAUACCCAGCUUUGGUCGACUAUUGUGAUCGAAUCAAGGAAACAGUAUUUGGAGAUUACAAGCCAGAGUAA